AUGUCGUUUCCACCUAGACCGCCAAUGGUGCCCUAUGGUAUCGCCCCUGGAGUGGUCACGAUGCAGAUGCAAACACAUGUGAUGGUUGGCGCUUAUGGAGCCGGUUCGGUGAGUGGUCGCAGUGGGCUAUUACCAGCGCCCACGUCUAACGCAGGUAAAACUGUUUCGCGAUCCGCUCGUCCGCAGAAUGGUGCACAAAAUGAAGGACCAGCUGUUACUGUUUUUAUUGGAAACAUUUCGUCUCGAGCUCCGGACGCGAUGAUACGUGCUCUACUCAGCGCAUGCGGCACCGUUUCAAGCUGGAAACGCGUCAGUACAUUUGGUUUCUGCGAGUUUGCGGGGCCCGAAGCCGCCUUGCGUUGCGUGCGAAUGCUGCACGAUCGUCCGCUUGCUGAUAAAAAUCUGCUUGCCCGCGUCGACGGCAAGAUGCAGGCUCUCGUCGAUACGUACAAAACUGAACAGCGUACACGUAUAGCUGAAGGGGGAGGCAGUGCGGGAGAGGGGGAGUCGUAUUUGGACGCUAAGCAACGCGGUGUUGACGAGACUGUGGAGAGGAAGAUUGCACAGAUUUAUCGGGACUAUCAAGAGGAAAUUAACAACUAUGAAAUACUACAAAAGGAGGAGCAGAUAUCGAAGACGGCGCGUGUUCUUGAAGAGGCGGACAUUUCGGAGGAGAAACGUGACGUCAUCCACCGGGAAAUUGGCAAGUUCCGCGAAAGUAUGAAGGAGGAAGCCGAUGUGGUGGUGCGUCGCAAGCGAGACAAAGAUGAUAAGCCCGAGCGAGAGAAGGAGAAAGACAAGGACAGAGAGCGAGAUAGAGAUCGUGACCGCGAGCGGGACCGAGACAGGGAUAGAGAGAGGGAUCGAGAACGUGACAGAGAUAGAGAACGAGACCGUGAUAAGGAUAGGAGAAAGAGAAGUGUGUCCAGGAGCAAAGACCGAGACCGCGAGCGAGAAGAACGCGAGAGAGAACGUGAACGUGAAAGGGAAAGAGAACGAGAGAGAGAGAAGGAGCGCGAGCGAGAAAGAGAAAGGGAGGUCCGCGAACGUGAACGGGAAAGAGAACAGCGGGAGCGAGAAAGAGAACGAGAGCGCGAGCGGGAUAGAGAACGUGAACAACGGGAACGCGAGCGUGAGCGAGAACGAGAACGUGAACGUUCGAGAGACCGGGAACGAGAUAGAGAUAGAGACCGUGACAGAGAUAGAGGGCGUAACGAGGUGGACUCCAGGAGAGAGAAAGAGAUAGAAGAGGAGGCGAGAGAUAAAAAGCGAUUGGAGAAGAAGGCGCGCGGGAAAGAGGCCGCUUAUCAAGAGCGAUUGCGUAACUGGGAGAGUCGUGAGCGUCGCAAAGCUAAGGAAUAUGAGCGCGAGAAAGAGAGGGAGCGAUGCCGCGAGGAGGAGAGGGAGCGAGAAGCGAAGCGGCUUAAACAAUUUCUGGAGGACUAUGACGAUGAAAGAGAUGAUCACAAAUAUUAUAAAGGUAAAGAACUGCAGCGUCGUCUCGGGGCGCGAGUGAGAGAGGCCGAGGGCGAUGCACGGGAGCGACAGAGAGAACAAGAGGAGUUAGUUGCGUUGCGCGCUGAGAUAUUUGGUGCAGCUCCACCUGACGACUCAACUGCUAAUGCUGCUUUCGAGAAGGCGGUAGGAGAACGAGAGGAGCAAUACAAGCCACGUCUCAUUGUGGAUGUUACGUUGCACCAGGACCUCCAACGCGAGCGUGAAAAGCAACGUGCUGUGCAGCGGGAACGGGCACGUAUCGAGGCAAGAGAACGUUUGGCUCGUGAAAGGGAGCGAUAUUUACGUGCGCAGGCGACUCGCGAGCUGCCGACAGAAGCAGAACCCAUCGACUCUGACUCCGACGGUGGUGUUGGCGAGGCUGGGUCAGUGGGUUCGGUGGCGGGUGGCAACUCUCCUGUCGAGUCCGCUGAAGGUUCACUCACACCGCCGCAGCCGCCGGAAACGCCUGAGCCGCCGGAGCCAGUCCACACACACACCCAUAGGAAGCAUAGACAUCGCCGGCAUAGACACGAAAUUCAAAAUGGCGGAAGCACACCUCCGUCUCCUGAGCCCAUGACGGCCCCAGCGCCAACUCAUAGACACAGUAUAAGCGGCGCCGGCUCUGUAGGAAGCUCCCCCAUAUCUAUAAGUUUUAAAAACAAGUCGCCAGGACUUACACCUGCUUCUCACACCCCUAACGCCGAGAGCAGUACAGCGGGUGGUACGUCAAGACGGGUCCACGCGGCCUUCGCGGAGGAUGACGACUCACAUACUGAGACCCACCACAAUCAUCCACAUGCACAUAGACACGGCAAAGACAAAAAAGAUAGAGAAAAACGCAAACACUCGAACAGCGAGAGUGAGAAAACGGAUAAGGCCGGUGAUAGCGAGAAGGAAAGCAAAAGCGCUGAAGAGAAACGUGCGCAAGUGAAGAGUUUGAUCGAUAAAAUUCCGACGCAGAAGGAAGCAUUGUUCCAGUACAAAUUGGACACUGAUCAGAUUGACGCUGUGCUGAUGGAGAAGAAGAUAAGACCGUGGAUAAAUAAGAAGAUCAUAGAGUAUAUAGGAGAACCGGAGCCGACGCUCGUCGACUUCAUUUGCAGCAAAGUGCUGGCUGGGUCGGCGCCGCACACGAUCCUCGAUGAUGUGCAGAUGGUUCUAGAUGAAGAAGCCGAAGUAUUUGUCGUUAAGAUGUGGAGACUACUCAUCUAUGAACUAGAAGCGAAACGCGCGGGUCUACAUAAGUGA